UGGAGGAGUGGUCGCUCCAUAUAUGGUCCCACUGGGUUUCCUGUCUGGACCCUCAUACUCUUCCACCACCAUAAACACUCUUCAAUCCGUCGUAUCGCUCUUACCUCAAUGAAGAGAGAGAGAGAAAGAGAGAUAGAGGGAAUCUGCUCAUGCAUUUUUUUCUAACUAGUUGACACUAGCAAGAGGAGACGGCAGCAUCCUCUGUCCCGCAUCAGCUGCAGAAUUUUUGCGUUAUGCUGUAAACAGACCUUCAUGUGAACGUGAAAGGAUCUGCGUCCCAAACCAACCCGUUUCCAUCAUUUUUUUCACACCUUUCUCAAAUGCUUUGACAACUGGAAUGUGCUGUUUUCCUGCAAGCGUCGUUUCCAUGCCAGCAUGGGAACUGCAGUGUCCAAAAGGAAGAAUCUGAGGAAUGAUGCGAUUUCUUCGGUGGCAGCCAAAGUUAGAGCAGCUCGUGCAUUCGGAGAGUACCUUCACACUCAUCCUGAGAACCACAACAAAUCAGAUCACUUACUGUCUGACACCCUCAUUGGCCACGACUCUGACUCCCCAGACAGCCUGUGCACUCAGAACAACAAUUUCAACAGCUGCACCCUCCAGGGCUCAUCCAUCGGCACCGACCCCAGUUUGAUCAACCCUGCCCUGGGACUUCUGGAACCGCCGCCUCCGACGACUUCCUCCAAGAGCAGACUGUCUCUAGAACGCAGCUUUUCGGCAGAGGAGGACCAGCUGAAGUGUGUGGAGUGUGCCCUGCAGCCUGCUCGGGUCUACACCAUCACUGGAGAGAGCGGCAUGCUGGGAACCAGCCGGGGAAGCAAGGAGAACCUGGAGCUCGAGGUCUUGAAAGGGCCGCAGGAGGCAUGUCAUGCCGAAGCGCUCGCCCAGCCCUCUACAUCCUCCAACUCUUCUUCUCCGACUCAGCACCACCACCACCGUGGAAGCGGAGGUGGAUCGGGAAACCAUCAUCAUAGCAACCACCAUCAUGGCAACACCCAUCACAGCAACACCAGCGGAGGUGGAAGCAGUGGAACUAGCGGAUCAAACCCCCAACAGCACUUCUCUGGAGCGGGAAUGUCGCACCAUCACCAUGGGGUACCCCAUAACCACCAUCACCUUUCUCAGACGCUGCACAGCUCGGUCAGUGCGCACAACAUCCGCGGCUGGGGGGAGGGAAAGGAAUGCGGCCUGGCGUGCGAGGCCUGUGCCGGGGCUCCUUCACGCAGCCAGGGAUCCCUGGACCUGGAAAGCAGCACCCGAGAUGCAGGCAAGCAACGCCGGCCACCACUAGAGCGGAUGUGCAGUGUGGACCGCAUGACUGGGCUGGAGCGAGAAGAUAACAGUUGGUUCCCUAAAGAAAACAUGUUCAGCUUUCAGACUGCUACAACAACCAUGCAGGCGAUUUCGGUUUUCCGGAGUCUAGCUGAGAGAAAGAGGAGAAAAAACGAGGUGAAGUCAGCCGCCAUCAUCCAGAGAAAUUUCCGGAAGCAUUUAAGAAUGGUGGGCAGCAGAAGAAUGAAAGCACAAACAUUUGCAGAGCGCAGAGCGAAGAGUUUCAACCGAUCCUGGAGUGAUCCAACCCCUGUCAAACAAGACUCCCUAAACGACUCAAAAGACAGUGGGGACCUGCAGACGAGCUGUGGCCCUUCAGAGGAGAGCGGAUGUGAAGACAUGGACUGGGAAGAGGAGAAAGAGAUGGAGAGACUGGCGUGUGAGGGGGAUGACUUCAUCCCUCCUAAAAUUAUUCUGAUCUCAUCUAAAGUUCCUAAAGCAGAAUAUGUUCCCAACAUCAUUCGAAGGAACGAUCCAUCUAUUAUACCUAUUCUAUAUGAUCAUGAGCAUGCCACGUUUGAUGAUAUUUUGGAGGAGAUUGAUAAGAGACUGACAGCCUACAGGAGGGGUAGUAAGAUCUGGCGCAUGCUGAUCUUCUGUCAGGGCGGCCCGGGGCACCUGUACCUUCUGAAGAAUAAAGUGGCCACUUUUGCCAAGGUCGAGAAAGAGGAAGACAUGAGCCUGUUUUGGAAACGUCUGAGCCGGUUUAUGAGUAAAGUGAAUCCAGAGCCCAACCUGAUCCACAUCAUGGGUUGUUACGUACUGGGAAAUCCUAAUGGAGAGAAGCUGUUCCAGAAACUGAAGAACUUGAUGAGGCCUUAUUCUGUCACGUUUGAGUCACCGCUGGAGCUCUCGGCUCAGGGCAAAGAUAUGAUUGAGAUGUACUUUGACUUCCGUCUGUUUCGACUUUGGAAAACCCGGCAGCACUCAAAACUCCUCGACUAUGAAGAUCUCUUGUGACCCCGUGCGGGUCAGUGUGUAGCUUUGCGGGCAGGACGUCCCACUGUAAAACUCCAUUCCACCAGCUUUCAUUUUGGAGUUCAGGAGGAAGAGGACUGGAGAGGGACAAAGCCACUUCGCUGCCAUCAUUGCGUCAUGAGUAUUGUUUAUUUCAGCUCACUUCUGUGGACUUUGACUGCUUCAGAACGGUAACACACAAGAAACUAAAACCAGUGGCAAAUGGUUCAAAACACAAGAAAAAUCUUGAUACGGGGUGUUUUUGUUCCCUAAUGGAAAAAGAGAAGUCGUUUCUCAGAACUGGUUGACAGUCUGUCGACUGCUUUUGUUUUUAAACUAACAUAUCGCCGACUUAUCGAUCACUAGCCGAGACCGUUGUGCUUACAAGUGUCACGCCGAAACGUACCUACCAGAACACAAAAAUGGUCCUAUAUGAAAUAACAUCUAAUAUAUCAGUAUACAUACAGGAUAUACAUCUCAUUAGUAUAUAGAAUAGCUAUAGUCAUGCAAAUAAUCUA